GACCCGGUCUCGCCAGUAACGACGAUGACUGGCUUUCUGUUCCUUACCAAAACCCUGAGCACAACAAUUGUGAUGUUAGUAGUCUACUAUGGACAGACAUCAAGCAAUCAAGCUGACUGUCAAGAUAAAUGGACCUUGAAUGAUUCCUCGUGCUAUUAUGUAUAUACUGCUGUUGACAGAAAACUUGGAUUUUGGAAUGCCGUGAGGUGGUGCAGACAAAGGAAUGGCUCUCUCACAAGUGUUUUAAGUGACAAGGAAAACGAUUUCUUACAUCAUCUUAUCAAUAAUACAAACCUUCGACCCAAAGAGACGUUCUACAUAGGGCUUCACAGAAAUUGUAAAAGUAACUUAAUGGGAUGGGUGGACAAGCAGCCAUAUAAUUACACAAACUGGUACCACAGCCAGGAUCCCGCCUGCUACGAUGAGGGAUCAAAAAAUGAGACAGGACGACGCUGCGCUUACUACAAUCAUGUACACAAGUGGCAGAUAGACUACUGUAAGACAGUAAGACUUUUCAUAUGCAAACGACCCAAGAAAGUAGAAGAGCAGCCAUCGCCGACGAGUGGGGUCAGGAAUACAAAUGUAUCCGAACACUCUCAGAGCAGCACUUCGGAGACUUCAACAGAGACCUCUACGCUGCAAUUGAACGUACAAGACACCUUAAAGAAGUUGGAUGAAGCACUGAAAUCAUUAGAAGGCGUCUCUUUGAAUCAAUCGACUGCUGAAAGAAAUUUGAAGGAACUAGGAACAGUUCUAGACAGUGUCGUGAACCCUGUAGGAAAGGCACAGCCAUCUUUGUCCUUAGAUCAAAUUUCACAGGUCGUUCAAAUGAGUGAAAAAAUAGGAGAGUUAUUGGUUCGAGGAUUAAUGAGAGGGGAAGGCGGCGUCACUGAACCGAAAAGUAUCCAGAUAAACACUGAAUCUUUGGUCCUCGCAGUGGACAUGUUGCCCCCUGUGUCGUCAGAAAACAGUGCGGAAGCCGUAUCUUUUCCAAAAGAUGCUGAACAGACCAAUAACAUCAACUUGCCAUCAUCUCUUAUAUGGAGAGCACAGGAUCAAGACGGAGUGUCUAUCGUCAGUUUACUGCUUUCCGAUAUCAGCGUAACAGCGGAUCCUCAAGCACGCAAAGUCAUGGACUCAGGAAUUAUGUCAAGCACAAUACUUUUCAACAAUGGGAGUAGAUUUAAUAAUUUGAGUCAUCCGGUUGUAAUAAAUCUGUCAGCUGUUUCUAAGGUGAAUACUGACGGCGUACGGAAGUGUGUGUAUCUCGAUGUCACCACUGACCCUCCAGUUUGGUCUUCAUCAGGGUGUGUUGUUUAUGAGGUCAGCUCAUCACACACAGUGUGCCACUGUUAUCACAUGACAAGCUUUGCUGUACUUAUGGAUGUACAUGGCGCUUAUGAAGGUGAUACUAUUUCAGAAGAGCAUAAGACUAUUCUGUCCAUCGUGUCCAUUGUGGGAUGUUUGAUCGCCUUAGUUUGUUAUAUCAUCUUGUUGUUUGCAUUUUUCUUCCUAAGAAGGCGAACAGAGACUCUAAACAUCCACAUAAACCUAGCCGCAGCUGAGGUUUUCGCCAUUUUCUUUUUUCUUAUCGCCUAUCCUGGAGCUCGAAUAAAGGCUGUUUGUUACGCUUUUGCCGUUCUUCUCCAUUAUUUUCAAUUGGCGGCGUUUUUCUGGAUGAUGGUCGAGGGAAUCAAUCUUCUCCGUGGUAUGGUGAAAGUUUUCCGAGUCACCAGUAAAGUGAGAACUUAUUUCCUCUUUGCUUGGGGUGCGCCCGCUGUCGUUGUGGCAGUAACAGCAAGCAUCUCCCGCCACCAAUAUGUAAGAGAUAACUUUUGUUGGAUUUCUCAUCAAGUCAUAUGGUCAUUUGCUGGACCAGUGGCAUUUAUAUUAUUGGUAAACGUGAUUGCGCUGAUUGUAGCCAUCAAAACUGUAGUGCAGAGGGCUCGCUACAAGGAAAGAUCCCCGAAAAUGUCAGCUUUAGAGCUCGAAAUGAGAGCAGCGUUUAAGACAUUGGUGAUUCUAGUUCCGCUGUUGGGUGUGACAUGGCUGCUCGGAUUCAUUUCCAUCCACAACACUUCUCUAGUAUUCCAAUAUCUCUUUGCUGUUUUAAACUCCAUGCAGGGGCUCUAUUUCCUGAUAGCUCAAUACUGGUUUGAUGACGAGAUCAAGAAAAAUGCACAUCGAGCGUCCAACCGGGUAAAACGCCUCUUCAGCUUAACAGGAACGAGAUCGAGCAGUCCUUGGACUGUACCGUACAAUGUGGACAAGGAACAGCGUGGGAACCGCAGCGACAUGAAAAACCAGAGACAACGUCCUCCCCACCAAGACAUAAACCAUCAACAAUUGGACUACAAUCAAAACAAAAACUUAAAACAGCAACAAGAACAAAAACAAACAACAAACAAAGAACAUUUUGAUGCUUUCACCCAUAAACAACAACAUUCUGACAAAGAUUUUCCGAAUGACAAGGAAGAAACUGUAGGCAAAAUGGAAGAGAAGGAACACAGCACUGACACGUACCUUUAGCUGCAGAAUAUCAAACAAUGAGUUAAAAACAUUACCACGUUUCAUAAAACGACGAGUUGUUGUCGUUGUUCUUUUUAAACCUGAUGUGGCUUUUGAAAUGUAAGAGACAUUUUGAUGAGCUUGUCCACGGCUGUUGACAAGUCAAUAAGAGUAUUCGUCGCAGUCUUGGGAUUUUCACAGGUUUCCAAACGCGCACUUAGCACUAUCGAGCUUAGCGCAGGGCGAUAGCUGUGGCAAGUACAAACUAUAUCCCCUUUGGAGUUCAGCUGCAGUUAUUUCUUACAACAUUAACAAUUAGACGGCAUCCAUAGUUUCUUAAGAUUUUGUAGUUAGCAUCGAUUGUGAAUAAUUUGCAAAGAUGACAUUCUAAGCAUGAUUUGGUGACAAUUAUUUUGCUACCGAAUAGCUGCUUAUCAUAUUAAAAAAAGUUACUGUU